AAGCGCCGCCGCAGUCACCGCACCUCUCGCGCAUCUGCCGCAACCGCUGCUGCAGCCGCACCAGCGCCACCGACGCGCGUGACGUCAUAACAGAAGCGCAGGCCACGUGUACAGGUGCCGUCGCUCCGCUUCUUCCCCCUCUGUCCCAAAUGGUCGGCUGCGUGCGCAUCCCUGUCCAGUACACGGAACCAAGCCACCCAGGCCACUUCCACUGGGAACGCAUAUGUGGGAGAUGCAUACGGGGGCUAGAGGCACCUGGUCACCAUGAGCUGCCUUCACCUCUUCGCUCUUGUGGUCCUGGCGACGUGCGGAUUAUUUUGUGCCGUGCACGCCAACAUGGAAGCGAAGCGCAUGGGAUCCGAGUUUCUGGGCAAGCGGUCGCCGUCCUCCCGUCUGGACGUCGCCGACGUGCUGCCAGGGGGCUUCUGGGAGGAAGAGCUGGCCGCGAGGUCGCCCGCCGCCGCACUGCGAGUGGCCAGGCUGCUGCGCGCCGCGGCCGGCGUCAACCGCUUCGGCGGCGGCGCUUACGACAACGACGAUGACGACGACCUCGACCUGGCCAUGGCUGCGGCCGCGGCCGCGGCCAAGCAGAAGCGAAUCGGCUCCGAGUUCUUGGGCAAGCGUUCCUCGACCUCCGACCUGCUGCCCAAGCGCAUGGGCUCCGAGUUCCUCGGACGGAGGAAACGCGACGCGUUCCACUCUUCGCCGGACGCGUAAACGAGGGGCAUAAGACAAUUUUGUAUGGCUCGGUCAGCACCACCCAACACAUCCGGACGGAGCACUUAGCAGAAGCCUGCAGCAGCUGUACGCCGGCGACAGCCCGUUCGCUAGGAGCCGUGGCUACGGCCACGACUUGGAUUGGAUCCUGGGCCACCCGAGGGCGAGACCCAGCAAGCGGCUCUCGGAG